GCUCCAGCAGCAGGUCUGUGCUGUCAGGACAGGAGCCUGAGGAUGGGGACAGAGGGACUCCUGACCCCUUGGGUGCUGUGUCUGCUCCUCUGGGUGCAGCCUUGCAGAGGGGCUGCGGAGGUGAGGCUGGCGGAUGGAGGCAGUCGCUGUGCUGGGAGAGUGGAGGUGAAACAUCAGGGCCAGUGGGGGACCGUGUGCAGUUACCGCUGGGACAAGUCCGAUGCUGCAGUGGUUUGUAGGCAGCUGGGCUGUGGGGUUUCUCUCGAAGCUCCUGUAAAUGCACACUUUGGACCAGGAUCUGGGCCCAUUUGGAUGGAUGUUGUUCAGUGUAAUGGCAAGGAGUCUGCCCUGUCUGACUGCACACACAACGGAUGGGGUCAAGCAUACUGCUAUCACGGUGAGGAUGCUGGAGUGACAUGCUCAGGAUUUGUGCGGCUGGUCGGAGGGGACAGCCCCUGCUCAGGAAGUGUGGAGGUCUACGACAGGGACCAGUGGAAAGCUGUCUGUCACUCCCACUUUGGUGCCAAAGCUGCCGAGGUGGUGUGCAGGGAGCUGCAGUGUGGCACAGCCCUGUCUGUGCAUGGGGCAGCUCAGCUGGGAGAAGGGGCCGGUCCUGUCUGGGACAGAGAGCUGCAGUGUGUGGGGAAUGAAUCCGUCCUCUCCUUCUGCCCCACGGUGGCCACCAGGGACCAGCCCUGCACCCACAGCAAUGGCACUCAUGUCACCUGCACAUGUAAGGACUUGGGGUGGGAUGGUGCCCAUGGGGGCUGUGGUGGGAGCAUGAGAGCAGGGUGGGCUCUGGGCUGUGCUGGGCAGGGGACAGGCCAGGCUCGCAACAUGUCUGUGCGGUUGGUGGGCGGAGGGAGCCGGUGUGACGGGCGCGUGGAGGUCUUCCAGCACGGGACGUGGGGCAGAGUCCUGGAUGAGCAGUGGGACAUGCAGGAGGCCAGCGUGGUGUGCCGGCAGCUGCAGUGCGGAGAGGCAGAGGCAGCCUACACCCCCGUGCUGGUCCGGGAGGGCAGCCAGCCCCUGAGCAUCGGGGUUCUCCCCACUGCAGGGAGCCGGCGGGUCCGGCUGGUGGACAGGGCUGGGCGCUGUGCCGGGAGAGUGGAGAUCUACUACCAGGGGCGCUGGGGCACCGUCUGUGACGACGCCUGGGACCUGGCUGACGCCGCCGUCGUUUGCCACCAGCUGGGCUGCGGAGGGGCCCUGGAGGCAGCCGGCUCUGCUCGGUUUGGGGAGGGCUCAGGGCAGAUCUGGCUGGAUGGCGUCAGCUGCUCCGGGGCCUGA